UUCCUCUUUGUGUGUUGCGUUGCUAACUCAAGUGAACAUGGGUGGCUCCAAAACGAGAACCAGUUUCAGUGGUUUCUUCUUGGUGUGUGCGAUCUUAGCCGUCCACGUGGCUCUCUCUUCAUCAGCCACCCUCGAUUUCGCCGGCGACCUCGACCUCGCCGCUUUCCUUCAACCUCUGAAGUCCGGCUGCCGCGGAUCCAUCGCCGAGUGCAGCUUGCUCGUCGGAGAAGACGACGACAACGAGUUUCUGAUGGACUCUGAGAGCAAUCGGCGCAUAUUAGCCGCAAGGAGGUACAUAAGCUACGGUGCGCUGAGGAAGAACACUGUCCCUUGCUCGCGACGCGGCGCUUCCUAUUACAAUUGCCGGCCCGGCGCUCAGGCCAACCCCUACAGGCGCGGAUGCAGUGCUAUCACCCGAUGCAGACGUUGAAAUUGAACUUUCCAUUUUAUUUUUUUAAUUUCAUUUUUUUAUAUAUUUUUGUAAUUGAUGAAAAUUGUUAUUGUUAUGCUACUACAUAUAUAUACAAGUAGAGAAGAGAAGAGGAGAAGAGAAGAGUAGAGAUGAAUAAAAUUCAAUUGCCGUUUGUGUUUGUGUUGGUGUUGUAAUUUAAUUUAAUCCUAGGUACGUACACAUAUUAUUAUUGAUUGUGUCAAAAAUACUAUCAUCGUAAUUUCUUAUUAUUAUUCUUGUCAUUCGUCGGUGGUUUCUGUUUUUUGCUUUAAUUUUAUAUUUUUGGUUGAAAAUGAAAGAGGAAAUUUGGCGGUAUUGUAGAUGGGCAGCGUUUGGUAGUUUUGGAAAGUAAUGUGAAGGGCAAUUAUUGAUGGUUUUAUUUGUGGCUUUUGGAUGAGGAGGGGAAUGGACAAUGGGAACUAAAAAUGUGCCUCUUUUUGGGAUUUUGCCUUUUGGAUAUGUGGCUUGAGAGAGAAGGGGGCUGGCAUAUGUCUGGUACCUCCCUUCCUUUUCUUUCUUCACAUUUUGUUGAAAUUGAGGAAUAUGUCCGGCUGGACCGUGCACCUUUGUUUAUGCUCCCAAUUUUAUAAAUCACAAUCACCGCAAUAAUGUUAGCAAAUCUACUAUUUAUCCAUAUGUUCCCAUAGAAAUAGUAGAAAACUAAGGUCUUUUUUAUCAUCAAAAAAGAAAACCAAAAGCCAUGGGUCACUUUCUCCCCCCUUUUCAUUCUAAACGAAAAGGAAAAAAAAAAGUGGGGAACAAAUACGGUGGGUGUACCUCUUUCUUUUUGUUGAUUUAGAGUACUCCAGACGAGAUUAUUGCUCCCAUGUGAAUUUUGUUUAUAGGUGGUAUCAAAUGCGAUUAGUACAAUUUUAAAACGCAAACGGCUUUUUUUUUCCCAUGCCGCUGAUAGCGUAGCUAUCUAUUUCCCAUGCUUUUUAUAUUGCAAUCUUGACUUUCCAUAAAUAAAUUUAAUAAAAAGCUAGU